AUGGAGGACGACGCAGCUUGUCAAGAAUUGGCGGAGUUUACCACCUGUGAUAUCAGUGACGGACUAUUGAACUUGUACGAUAUUCCAACGGGCGGCUACUUCCCCAACUUGGUUCAAAGAAGUAAAAGCGGGAGCGACAAGACUACUGUGGGAAAGGCAUACACUGUUCUUUUUGCGCCGGUCGAUGAUCCUAGAGAUACGGUGAACUUCAUCGAUGAGGUGCCCGCUGGCUCAGUUAUGGUCAUAGCACUGACGCCACCUUUGCAAAGGGAUGUAGCGCCCUACGUCAAACCAACCGUGGCUGUCUUUGGUGGCCUGAUGGCUACGAGGGCGCAGCAUCAAGCAUGUCGAGGGUGCAUAGUGUUUGGUCGUGUCAGGGAUAUGUCUGAGUUCCGGGACCUGAGUUUCCCAGUGCACAGCUACGGUGUUGGAGCCUGUGCAAGUAAGCUGACCGUGAAACCAGUAGCAGUCAACGUUGACUUGGAUAUGCUCUGUAGCGAUUCCGCGGUCCAGACCAUCAAACCAAAUGACCUCAUUGCCGCGGAUGAACACGGCGUUGUCUCUGUACCUCACGCACUUGUCGAUACGAGCAAGCUGAUCAGAUACAUCCGCAAAUCAGUGGAGGUCGACGAGCAAGUCGCCGCCGAUAUCAUUGACGGCGCCCCGGCAAAAGAGUCCCAAAAGCAGCGCAGAGCGGUACUGAGGGAUUACUUAUAA